AUUAGGGAACAGGUUAAGCCAAUCAACGCGCCAAAACCCAAGCCAACCUCCAAAUCACCUCCGAUCUCAGCUUUCAAACCCACGGUCGGAUCUUUCCAUCAAUCUGCGUGUGGUAAAGUCGUACCAUACAGCUGUAGGUGCCACAACAACAAAAGAAACAAAUUGCAUUGAGUGAGUUAGUGGGGCUUGAUUCGAUUCAUUCAUCCACCCAUCAUAGCACCAUGAUGAAUACUACUAGUAAGAAAGCCAGUGCUGCUGCUGCCAACAAGAAGAAGAUCAAGAAACGCGGCAAUCCGAUUCUGACUCCGGCCAUGAUGGAAGUGGCCAAACAGCAAGAAGCCAAGGAGACGCAACUGGAUCUUCAACAAAGCAAUGAAAAUGGACGUUUUCGAAGUCCUUCCGAAGCGUUCUAUGUGGGUGCCAUUUUGUCCGUGUCUCCUCGCGAUUAUGUCGAAUCCUGGUCCAAUCACACCACUCGACGGACAGUCUGGAAGGCCACAGCGUCCGUGUUGAAAUUGACACCUCCCGUCCACAGUUUGGCAGGACAAUCCUUGACACGGAGACAACACUGUAACGACCGAGCCGCAUUGGUCCUGGAAGAAUCCAUUCAUGUCUUAUCGGAAGCCAUGGCCAAGCGAUGGAGCAAUCGAAACAAUCAUCGCCAUGGUCAAUCCAACAAACGCAGCAACAGCAACACCACCAUGACACUGGAACUCUCCGAACGAACAUUCAACAGUCGCUCGCAGGUUGUCUUUUUUGAAUUCUCACUGCCCGACAUGGCACCCCCCUUUACCAAAGAACAGCAGUUUCAUUUGAGGACGGGCACCAUUGUCGAGUGCGUUCCUGCCAAUUGCCAACAUCAAGUCGAUCAGGUCCUCUUGGCGUGCAUUUGCAUGACCAAACGACAAAUCACCCAAAAGGCACGUCGGUUCGUGGUCAUGACGGUGCCGGAAAAUGAACAACGACACAUUCGGUGUGGACUGUGGGCCGUCACGCCAUUGACCAGUCUCGUGUCCGAGUUUCGACAGUUGGAUACGUGCAACUUGAUUCGGAGUGGACAUGCGCCACUGCCCUUUUUGCAGACGCUGCUUGGACAACAACAAAAGUCCACCAAAGCAGGUUCCAAGCAGCCAGUCGUACGGGUGCUCGAUCUUUCCAACGACACGACAACAGCAGCAGCAGCCACAGUCACUGUAGCCACAACAAACAAGGAAAAGAGUAAAACAGCCACUGACAAGAUGACAACCAAGGACAAAGGUGGGCGAACAGGUACUGAUAAGACGAGGACCAUAGAGAUUGUACUCUCGAGUGAUGAUGAUGAGAGUGACAGUGAUGACGACAGUGACAGUGACAAUGACAGUACCAAGGAAACUGACGGCGCUAAGAAGAGAGAAAGUGACAAUGACAAGAACGACAACGAUAUUAUUGAAAUAAGCGACAACAACACUGUGGCAAAUAUUCCAAGUACACCACCUCCCACCAAACGACAAUAUAAUAUUGCUCCACCACAAUCCCCAAUGAGGGUUUGGAGUUUGCCCAACCUCAACAGUAUUCAAGCCAAGGCAGCGGCUGACUUUUUGGAUUCUCCAACAGGAUCCAUCUCCUUAGUGCAAGGCCCACCGGGCACGGGGAAAACUACCUUUCUCGUUUCCACCAUUGGACAAUAUCUGCAACGCCUCUUGGCGGAAACGGAAGCCGAGGCCAUUGCCAGAGGAGAAACACCUCAUUUGACACGCUCACCCCCGCAUUAUGCGGGGAGGAGAUGCAAAAAGGGAAAGGCACUCAUGGUGGCGGCGCCCACCAACAAGGCCGUGUCUGUGCUAGCGUCCCGAUUCAUGUCUACCAUUUCCGGAGAGAAAAAGGGAGCCAAUUCGUGCCAUGAAUUAAAGGUGAUUCUGGUGGGAGAUGCGGAAAAACUGGUGGAAGAUACGCCGAUUUACAGCAAAAAGAACCAAGGCGACGACAACAACAACAAUAGUAUUAUGAGUGACAAUGACAUUGUGGAUCAUGCCAGUCUGAAAGAAACCAUCAAGUCGAUGGCAUGUCUGAAACGAAUCUUUGUGUAUCGAUUUUUGGAAAACAUUGAGGAAGAAGUCAAGACGGUCCUUGGGACACUUCGACGCAACAGGUCGCAGAACAACAGCAAUCCACCAAAAAGUGAACAGGAUGAUGACAACGACGACAAUGAGAAGGACCAAACCAACGCUGACAACGCCAAGGAUGACAACGGCGACUCCAACGAGAGCAGCUACGGCGAACGCAACUACAAAAUGCAACGAUACUCCCUCUUGCGGCUCGUCCACCAAUAUGUUGAUAUCGGGUACGUCUUUCCGCAAGGAUAUCAGGCCCGGGGAGAGUUAUUGCGAGACACGUUGUUGAAAAUGAGUCACAAGGAUUUUAGAAGCAAUACGACAACACCAGCCUCCGAAAAACAAGUCAAGUUGUUUGAAAAGAGGCUUGACCAUGUGCUCGGCGAUGUCCAGACUCUGAUUCAUACUCGUGACAUUGGCCAGCGAGUCAUAUUAGCUCUCAUUCGUUCAGCUGAUUUGAUUUUUUGUACGCUGGCAACGUCGGGAUCCGCAAUCUUCAAAUCACGAGAUCGACCCUUCAAAAUACGCGAUUUGAUCGUGGACGAAGCCGCAGCUGCCACUGAACCGCAAAUCGGCAUUCCGUUUCAUAUGUGUCCAGAUCGGUUGUUGGCGGUGGGAGAUCCCAUGCAGUUGCCCGCUACAGUCUUUAGUCCUGUGGCCAGACAGUAUGGUCUCGACAAGAGCCUUCAUGAACGUCUCAUGAAAGACUGCAAGUACCCGUACACGAUGCUACGACAACAAUAUCGCAUGAGGCCUCAGAUCUCUCAGUUUCCCUCGAAAACGUUCUAUCGAGGCAAACUGAAGGAUGGCGAUGAAGUGAUAAGCGACACUUAUGUGAGUCCGCGUCCCUUACUUCAAGAUCCGCAGAGGCCGUUUGUAUUCCAGGAAGUGCUUGGUGAAGAGAAGCAGCGGGAGGGAGGUUCCUACAUGAACCGCGCCGAAGCCGAAGCUGUGGUUCAUCGGAUCCGCCAGCUCCGCGACAAAGCCGCUGGCCAGGACCCCAACUGGUUUCGCAACGACAAAGUUCGCAUCAUCACAUUCUAUCAAGCACAAGUUGAUUUGAUCAACUCGUUGCUCAAUCCACUUGGUUUCGGAAAACGCAAGUCGGGUCUUGUGGCGAGUACCGUCGACAGCAGUCAAGGAUGCGAAGCCAACCUUGUCCUUGUGUCCUUUGUCAGAACUUGCCGAAAGCGCCAUCGAAACCAUGUAGGGGAUGCCGACAGGGAGGCGUUUGCCCGGAGCGUGGCCGGGUUCCUGACGGACAAUCGCCGUCUCAACGUUGCCCUCACUCGGGCAAAGUUUGAAUUGAUUUGUAUCGGCAGUGCGAGUCACAUGCUGGAAAACGAACACCUUGAGACGCUCCAUGCGUUUGCCAAGCAAUGCCAGGCACGUGGCUGCAUCAUUGAAAGCCCAUUGGGUGUAGUUUCUCCGAAUGUGACUGUUGCAGCGCUCGACCAUCGUAAUGGACAACGCAAGAGGCAAGGUACGGGUGAUGGCAGCAACAAUCCUCAUCACAACAGAAUGCAGUGUGACAAAAGGUGGAAAGGACAGAAGAAGCGCCACAACAACAACCAUAGAACCCAUGAGAGAGAAGGCAACGACGCCGAAAUGGCGCACAAGAGCAAUGAAAGACAGGGCGGCCAUCGCAGCGGCAGCCGACGGAAGAAACGCAAGAAUUGGCAAAACAAUGGCAAGAAGGGAGAGGGCAAACGCCAGAAGACGAUCUUCGAUGGCGGUCCUCAAUCGUGAUCGACGUACAAUGUUCGUGGAAGCAAGUCGUUUGGAACGAAGUGCCUUCAUGACAUUUUUCUCGUCUCGGUUGCUAACUGAAUUACCUAUAGCCAUUGUUUUUGACAGCUUGGCUGAAAACCGUUCCCUAGGA